AUCUUGUAAUUAGCAAGCGUUUUGAACUCGUGUCAAUGCUGUUUAUCGUGCGUAGACUGCUCACCUGUGGCCACACUUGGCUGCAUCAUAUCAAAGGCACCUGAUACACUGCUAGUUAAUUAACCUACUGGCUCAAACAAGUUAUUUUAAGUAUCUUCUACUUUAUCGUGGUCCAAAAAAGUUAUACGCGCUUAAUGCCAUGGCAUAUAGAAGAAGAAGACGACAGAUCUUACUUCCAGAUCACAGGAAUAGACAUGUGCCCAACAACAUGGACCAGCUUGCUUUCAAAUACAUGGAGAUGUGUAAAGUGGAGUCCAGCACCGAUUCUGACUCCGAGAUCAGUCCAAGAUGGUCAGACACCAGCACUAUGGGAUGUGUGAGCAGCACACCAGAGAGUGGGACUUUUCAUCGGACACUGCCGGUAACACAUAAGCCUGCAGGAAGGCAUGGCUGUUAUUCUUUGUUUUUGGACCCAUACGAUGGGAGCUCUGAGGAUUCUGACAAGUCAAACAUCGAUGUGGGUGUCUCCAGCAGGCGAACGAGGCAGCAGGGAAAAAGUGGAGGAGGAGGCUGUCGGUUCUCAGGCAGGAGCAGGAGGUUUAGCCUUCAUCACCCUGCUUCCGUUUCCCUCAGGGAAGUGGUGAAAAAUGGGAAGCGAGAUCCUGUAACAGAGCAGCAACAUCUUCUGGAUGUCCAGAUGAAAUGUGAGAGUGACUCUGAGCUGUGUGUCUCUGAGCUUGACAUUAUGCCAGCCCACAGUGACAGGGAUGGUCUUACAGAGGAAAUGGCCAAUGAUUCAACAAUGCACACCCAAACCAUGGGUAUAGAAUUGCAUUGCCAAUUUGACGAUUCAGACUUGCAUGCUACAAGAUCCUCAACACCUGGACCUGUAACCCCAGUGGGAGGAUGUUCGUCCCAGAUGCUGGAUAGCUCCUCUGAGAGACCCCCCUGCCCAUGUAACCUCCGAUCGCUUUCCAAGAGAAAGAUGAGUUUCCCUGGAGCAGAAGUGGUGGAGCUGGGGCAAAGAAAGAGGCAGUGUGUUGUCAACAUGGAGGACGAACAACAACAACAAGAAAGGGACUCAGCAUCUGAACCAUGUUAGAGCCAUCUAGCCAUUGACUGACCGACUAAAGUACUGCAGUCUUAUUCAACGCCUUAACAAUUUAAGGUAGAAUGAAAGACUAUAAAUAGUUACUUGGCAAUGCACUUUGUUUACGAAUGUAUAGAUAAAAUGGUGUUGAGACCUGAGGGUUUGUAUUUCUACCUCCAGUUAUUUUGAGUGUCUCACAGGUGUCACAUAAUGUGCUGAUUGUCUUUAAGCAAUUAUGAUUUUUGUUGGGAGAAUAACCAUAGUAACCUCAGUCUCCAUAAUAGAGCAAAGUACAGCCAAUGAAGAAACUGUAUUUUCCAGAGACCAAUAAAAGUGAAACAUAUUUCAAAAAGAAAAUUAAUACAU